AUGCUACUGUAUGUGUGUGCUAGUAAUGAGGUUCUCAGGCAAAAUGGUCAUUCAUCCAGACAACUAACUUGGGCAAACCUGAGUCCACAGAACCUUCACAACAUUGAAUCAAAUGCUCUCUAUGCCUGGCCUGCCUCGUGUCACUUGUUUAGUGCAAAGAAAUCCACUGCCAAACCAAACAAGUGUAAUGCAAGCGUAACGCUAGAUCAAGUAGACAGGAUACAUGUUCACAUCCAUAGUGAGCUACAUCGUCUCAAGGGGGCCCAUCCAGCCUUGGCAAAGGUGCUAAACCUCGGAAAUUCACACGAAGGAAGACCUAUGCUAGGCAUAAAGAUAAAACGAGGAAGAAGUAACACGAAGGGCUUGAUUUUCCUAAAUUUCGGAAUUCAUGCUAGAGAAUGGAUCAGCCCCGCAACGGGCAUGUACCUAAUACGUCAGUUGCUAAAUCCCCCGGCUCGUGACGAAGAAAUUGAAAACAUGCUCGACAAAUUCGAGUGGGUUUUUCUGCCAGUUUCAAAUGUGGAUGGUUUUAAUUUUACACACGAGGAAGACCGUCUCUGGCGAAAGAACCGUCGAGCGAUUAAUUCCUCAUUGCCUUCACAGUCACACUGUGUUGGCGUGGAUCUGAACCGGAACUUUGACUCAGAUCAUUGGGGAGAAGGAAAUGAUACUAACCACCCUUGUUCUGACAUCUUUCCUGGUGAAAGACCUUUCUCUGAGGUAGAGUCUUCAAACGUCGCUACUUAUCUUUCUAGACACAAACACAAAAUAGCAGCGUUUUUUGACAUUCAUUCUUAUUCGAAAUCGUGGAUGUCUCCGUGGGGAUGGAAGGACAAGAAACCUCCUGAGUUUUCCAGUCAAAUGGAAACUCUGAUGAAAGUUGGCACAGAUGCAAUAUACAACACGACUGGAAAGCGAUAUAUCUAUGGACAAAUAUUCUCGACUAUUUAUCCAACGUAUGGAGACCUUACUGACUAUGUCUAUGACAAACUUAAUGUAACCCAUUCUUAUGGUUUGGAGCUGAGGCCAGGCGAUAAUGAACCGAAUGGAUUUUUGUUAUCUUCUUGUGAAAUCGUUCCCACCGGAAGAGAAAUCAUGGCAGCCCUGAAGGCGAUCACGCCCAUCUUAGAAAAAGAAAAAAAGCUGGUGUUAAAGUCGAGGAAGCUGAAAAACAAAACAGGAAGAGAAGAAACGCGAACAGGAAAGAGGAGGCGCAAGUAG